AUUAUUGGUGCUUCCCGCAACAAAUCCGACCUUCAUCGCCCGCGCUUGAGCGCGAGAGUCAUCUUCUACAGUCAUGUGUACAUAGGUCGAUUCCAGAAAAACCAAAUAGAGAAAUCGAAGCAAUGGCAAGAGAAGAUAGUGGAAAAUCUCUGAGAAGGCCUUCUUCGAAAACUCCUCUUUCUUUCAAAAAUUAUUCCAAUUGGAAGUGCAAGCUUAGAGAGAACUGCUACAAAAGGGUUCAAGAGGACCGGGCGCGCUUACUGUGGAAAUUGAGGUUACCAGAGGGUAAAGAUCGGUGUCUCAGUGAUGAGGAGGUCAUCAAAUCAGCUUUCCAGGACAUAGUCGAUGAUGAAUUUGAAAAAAUUCAAGACUCAUCAUUGGAUGGGCAUCUUGGAAUCUUAACUUCCACACCUCAGAUAGAUGAUGAAUUAUGGGAAUAUGAUGGUCUUCAAACAUCUUAUCAAGGAGAAUGUGAAGAGAUAUUGCUAGAAAUGCAAAGGAUUUUUUAUGAGGAUCUUAGGACAGAAACAACCAUAAAAGAACGAGGAAACUAUAUCCAAACUUGGGAAGAUGAAGAAGAUGAGUACCUGGCUCGUGCAGUUCUUGAGCACAUGCAGUUGAAUGAUAAGCAGGAGCGCAAGGUGAUUUGGUGCCCCAUUUGCAAGGAAGGAGAAUUGCAAGAAAAAUGCUUUCUGAUUUCUUGCACUAGUUGCGAAUUUAAACUCAACAGAGGGAAUGAGGUUACUAUAGAGUUGUUGCAGGCUCGGCUGGCAGAAGCCCAUGCAGAACACCUUGAUAGAGGAUGCAGAUUGAAACCAAAGUUCCGCAUCGAGACAAGAUUUGAUCUAACUGCACUCUACAUCGAGUGUGAGGGUUGCCAUGCAUUCGAAAUUGUCAUUUAGUGUUCAGUAGUUCAGGAUCUACAUAAUCCUGAACCAGGAGCUUCUGCUUCUUGUAAUCUUGCUUACUCGUUCUCUAGCUUUGUUUUUUUUCUUCUUUUUUUUGGGUGUUUGUAAUAGAUAGAUGGUUUUACGUGAUCAACACAAGAUUGGGUGCCAUCAUCCAUUUCAUCCACCCAUCCUUUCGUUUCCCCCGGGACUAGUUUGCACAUUGAUUUUUGUGUGUUUAUUUAGUAGUUGUAUUUUAUAAACUACUAUGACUUGUUUCCAGCGAGUCAUGCUCAAAAGAAUAUCAUCGAUAUAC